UAACUUGCUUAAUGUCAACUGAUAAGAAAAAUGAUAUCUAAAUACUUAGAAUGGACUUUUGUACACGUUCUUGAUCUCUAAAUCCACAAUUCUCUUUUGUGACAGAACUAUUAUGCUCACUUUUCUUAUAGUUCAACACUUUCUCUUAGUGUGAGAUGACAGGAGUUGUUGUGGAUGUUGGAGAUGGGGCUACUCAUGUUGUUCCUGUUGCAGAUGGUUACGUUAUUGGAAGCAGCAUUAAGUCGAUUCCAGUUGCUGGGAAAGAUGUUACCCGCUUCAUUCAGCAGCUCAUGCGAGAAAGAGGAGAACAUGUUCCACCUGAGGAGUCCUUGGAAGUAGCCCGGAAAGUGAAGGAAAUGUAUUGCUAUACUUGCUCUGAUAUUGUCAAGGAAUUCAAUAAGCAUGACAAAGAGCCAGCAAAAUUCAUUAAGCAAUGGAGAGGUACCAAGCCAAAGACAGGGGCUCCAUAUUCUUGUGAUAUUGGCUAUGAACGGUUUCUCGGCCCUGAGGUCUUUUUCAACCCUGAGAUUUAUAGCAGUGAUUUUACAAUCCCUUUACCGGAGGUGAUUGACAAAUGCAUUCAGUCUGCACCAAUAGAUACAAGAAGGGCCUUGUAUAAGAAUGUUGUAUUAUCAGGAGGAUCAACCAUGUUCAAGGACUUCAACCGGAGGCUGCAACGGGAUCUAAAAAAGAUUGUUGAUGCGCGGUUUCAAUUGUCAGAUGCUCGGAUUCGAGGAGAAGUGAAAGCGCAACCAGUGGAAGUGAAUGUUGUCAGCCAUCCUAUCCAGAGAUAUGCAGUUUGGUUUGGAGGCUCAGUACUUGCAUCUACUCCUGAGUUUUUCAAGGCUUGCCAUACUAAGGCAGAGUACGAGGAAUGUGGAGCGAGCAUAUGCCGCACUAACCCUGUUUUCAAGGGAAUGUAUUGAUACGAAGACCAUCUGAAAUUGACAAAUCAGAAGGCCAUUUUUUUCAGGAUGUUUAGAAAUGUAAAACGAUCAAUCCCAUCUCCAGCACGUGGCCGUGUUGAUAUCUGCAAAUUCUACUGAUGCACAAAUGUCUUUGUGUAAUUUUACAGGUUAGGUUGUUGAAGGCAGUGUAAAAGACAUUGUCAGUCCCAAUUGUAACAGAUGAGGUUCUUGUAUUCUUUCAGUAGGAAUCGACAGUUCUUCCAAGCUCGGGGUGCUGAUGCUACCGUAUUUCGUGGAACAAGUUGGCACUUCUGCAUCCAAUUAUUGUCAUUGAUUAGUGUUUAGCUUGGCUGAGGUUUGAUAUGAAUGUUUGGAAGAAUAAUAAACAUAUAUCUUCUCAUAGGAACUUAUUGUUUGGAUUGAUUAUAAGUGUAGUGGAAAAUCGCCAUAUUUCAUUAGAAAAUUGAUUUUUUUUCUGAAAUAUAUUAUAUGCUUGUACAACUUGCCAUCA